AUGCCAAGAAUGACCGAUUCGCAAGCUGGUCCAGGCGGACCUUCAUCGCUCAAGUUUGCAGCUCUCUCUGUUCAAAGCUUCCAUCUCGACAGUCCACCAUUCACCGGAGCAGCAGUUGGAGGUGCCGGCCCACUGGUCGAAGCAGGUCAACGGUUGUCCAGUCACGACUCUGAUCCACCUUCCCAUCGUUCCGAUAGCAGCUCAUCUCAACACCAGCAACCACACAGUCCCUCACCCAACGUCCGCGAACCACGGAGACCCGGCGGAAGCAGUCCUCUCUCCAGAGCCACAUCCUUCUCACCCUCCGGCGACGAUCACGAUCCUUACACUCGUUCCAUGUCACAGGCUCGCUCACCACCACCAGCUUCAUCGUCACAUCACCACCACCACGAGCCCAGCAUCAAGGCACCAACAGCAGAACGACAAUCUCUACUCAACGGCAUGACCAAUUCAAGUGCAGACGCCGCAUCACCCUCUUCGCACUCUAGAUCGCAUUCAAAUGCCGGAGACGAGACCCGCACGCAAGCUCAAUACGAUCGCGAUGUGCCUCAGUGGGACCUCGACGGAAAGCUUUCUUCGCGAGACGCAAGUUCUGCAAGCUUAGCCACUCUCUCACCCAACAGAAUGGUGACCAGUCUCACUUCAACAGAUGCCUCGACCUCUGCGGAUCGACCUGCUAUGCAUCGCUCGGAAGCAUCUAAGGCCAGCGAUCGUCAAGAUGCAUCCACCACACGUGCUUCUUCCGGAUGGCCGCAGCAAACAGACAGCAAUGCUUCUAGUCAGAGUCGCACCUCACCUUUCCGAACUGCCGAUUCAGAAGAUAGGCCCGCAUACUCACAGUUCUCCGAGGACGUCGACGCACAGGAGGAUGCAGGCUCAUCUGCUGCAGAGCCUGAUGAUGAAGUUGAUGGCGUCGAAGGUCUGGCACCAGAUGCUCGUCUUCGAGAUUCUCGUGUGCCACAGCAAGGUCAGACGCAGGCAGACUACGCAUUCCCCAGACAUCGUCUGCCCACCAAGAUGCGCGAUGAGACCAAGACGCCGCUUGUCAUCGUCGCAUGCGGGAGUUUCUCGCCCCCUACCUAUCUCCACUUGCGUAUCUUCGAGAUGGCAAAGGACCAGAUCAUCGAGUCUGGCAAGUACGAGCUGCUUGCCGGCUACUACUCUCCCGUAUCAGAUUACUACAAGAAGGAAGGUCUCGCCAAAGCUACUCAUCGUGUGCGAAUGUGCGAGCUCGCAGUCGAAAAGACAUCGACAUGGCUGAUGGUCGACGCUUGGGAGUCGCUGCAAGACGAGUAUCAGCGUACAGCGGUGGUGCUCGACCACUUCCACGAGGAAAUCAAUGGCCCCGCCAACGGCGGCGUCCUUCUCAGCGACGGUUCUCGCAAGAACGUAAAGAUCAUGCUCCUUGCUGGUGGAGAUCUUAUCCAGAGUAUGGGAGAGCCAGGCGUGUGGGCUACCGCGGACUUGCAUCACAUCCUGGGUCAGUAUGGCUGUCUCAUUGUGGAGCGCACAGGUGCCGAUGUCUGGUCCUUCUUGCUUUCACACGACCUGCUCUGGAAGUAUCGACGUAACCUCAAGAUCAUCAAACAGACCAUCUACAACGACAUUUCCUCUUCCAAAGUACGCCUGUUCGUUCGAAGAGGACAGUCCAUCAAGUAUCUCCUCCCCAACAGCGUCAUCCAGUACAUUGAACAAGAGGAUCUGUAUUGCUUGCCACCCGACGAGGACCUCAAAUUUGAGCCGGAACAUCCGAAUUGGUGA